AUGGAUCUCCGACUGAUUGGAUGGAACAAGUUGGUCACAAUGGCUUCAAUUGUCUACAAUGCUACUAUGUUUGGGUGCUUUGAUAAGUGGCCGUUUGACAGUAAAAUGUGGGAUGUUAAACGCCACAAAGCAGGCCUCAAGUAUGAUGUUGCUAGCUCUAUUCACAACGGGUAUAUUGUCCAUUGGAGCAGUUGGCACAAGGGUGGCAAGUCGGAUAUAAAGAUUUUCCAAGAGGAGCUGAAGUCAAAAUUGGACGCAGGCAAAUGUGUCAAGGCUGAUGCUGGGUGUUCAGCUGAAUGCUGUUUGAAGAAUCCUCAAGUUGCCAAAUCGCGUUGGGCAAAGCAGCAAAAGGUUGUUGUUCGUGCAAGACAAGAAUGUGUCUUUUGCAAGAUGAAAAAGUUCCAAUUAUUGCGAGGUAUUUGGAUCCAUAACUAUUAUAAGCAUACGUUUGCGGUAGGUGCUGUCCUGGUAUCAAUACAAAUUGGUUUAGAGCUUGGAACUGUGAAAUUUUGGGAUAUACCUGACUAUGAAGCCGAGUACUUCUGA